UGGAGCCAUCAGGGGGAGGGACUUCUGCAAUCACAAAAGCCUGAUGGCGAUGCCAUAAGUGACAGAAAACAACAGAGACUCUAAAGGAGCAGUUUUGUGCCUGAGCUGCAGCCAUGAGGAGAGCAGACCGGCUGUAGGAGACGUGGGAACAGAUGCAAUUUUAUGGUCAGCUCGGCAUCUGACAGAAGCAGGGUUGGACUUGUGGAGAAGACGGCUGGAUAGACGGGCUUUAGUGGUGCACAUCAAGGAGAUAAACUUCAUCAAUGAAGACACCUGGCAUGGCUGUAUUCAAGCAACAUAAUGUGGAUGAUUUCUAUGAAAUUGGAGAAGGACUAGGAAGUGGGCAGUUUGCUAUUGUCAAACGCUGUAUAGAGAAGAGUACAGGCGUUGAAUAUGCAGCCAAGUUCAUCAAGAAGCGCCAGAGUCGGGCCAGCAGACGUGGUGUAAGAAGAGAGGAGAUUGAGAGGGAAGUGGACAUCCUUCAGCAGCUGCAGCACAACAACAUUGUAGAGCUGCAUGAUGUGUAUGAGAACCGCACAGACGUGGUGCUCAUCCUCGAACUGGUGUCUGGAGGAGAGCUGUUUGAUUUCUUGGCUCAGAAGGAGUCUCUCAGUGAAGAGGAGGCCACUCGUUUUAUCAAACAGAUCCUAGAUGGAGUCCAGUAUCUCCACUCCAAGAGGAUUGCACAUUUUGAUCUGAAGCCUGAAAACAUAAUGCUGCUGGACAGGAAUGUUCCUCUACCCCGCAUCAAACUCAUAGACUUUGGACUUGCACACAAAAUAGAAGCUGGGGCAGAUUUCAAAAACAUUUUUGGAACCCCUGAAUUUGUUGCUCCAGAGAUAGUCAACUAUGAGCAACUGGGAUUGGAGGCGGACAUGUGGAGCAUUGGAGUCAUCACAUAUAUACUUUUGAGCGGUGCGUCACCUUUCCUCGGGGACACGAAGCAGGAAACGCUGGGAAACAUCUCAGGGGUGAACUACGAGUUUGACGAAGAGCUCUUUAGCAAUACAAGCGAGCUGGCCAAGAGCUUCAUUAGUCAGCUCCUGGAGAAGGACACAAGAAAACGGAUGACCAUACAAGACGCCCUCAACCAUCACUGGAUUACGUCCUGUGGCCACAUGGAAGAGGAUAGCGCUGCCCGUGAGGCUGAGAAGAAAGCAGAGCAGCUGAAGACGAAGCGCCUAAAGGAGUACACCAUCCAGUCCCACUCCAGCAUGCCCCAGAACAACACGUAUGCCAACUUUGAGCGUUUUGCCCAUGUGGUGGAGGACGUCAGUCUGAUGGAGACGGGUCUGUCAGAGGUGGCAGAGGCCCGACACACUCUGCAGGUUGAUAUAGAAGCACUGCUCUCCAUCUACAACGACAAGGAGGCCUGGUACAAAGAAGAGAGUGAGACUGCGAGGAAGCAGCUGUCCCAGUUCCGGUACGAGUUCCGCAAAGUGGAGGCCACGAGGAGGCUGCUGCAGGAGGACAUUAAGUCUAUAGAUGCCAGUCUGGAGAGCAUCAGUGGGAAGUACAGCCAGAGGCAGAGUCAGCUGGACGCUCUGAGGCAGGAGCUGAACUCUGAGCUGCAGUGGCUGCAGGACGUGACAAACUCUCUGCAUCCAGAAGGAGCCAACGGCAGCAUGCACAGCAGCAGUCUGAAUACAGACGUAAGACAGGCUCUGAAGGAGCUGCUGCAUCCGGCCUGCAGGAUGGAACUGUGCCCCGAGGCUAAACAGCCACUCACAGAGUCUGGCUAACAUAUUUUAACUGAGCUUAAAAUUUCAACAUGUUUUCGAAAAUGAGGCUGUUUGAAUUCUACACAUUGUUUGUUUUCAGCAGCACAGACCUUUGAAUGUGUAUCUGUGUAGUUUUUACAUUUUCUUUACUUAAAAUGUUCUUGUUUGAAUUAAAGUAAACGGUAAGAAUGGGAAUUUGAGGAAAGAUUUGAGGAAAUCUAUUACUGAGAGUUGUUGGCUACCCCUCUCAUAUCUGUACGGUAAAUAUAAAGCUACAGGUAGGAGACAGUUAGCUUUGCUUAGCAUGAAGACUGGGGGAACAGCUAGCCUGGCCCUAUCCGAAGGUAACAAAAUAUCUGCCUACCAGCACCUCUAAAGCUCACUGUUACAUUUUGUUUAAAACCGAUCUAUAAAAAGGGCAAUUGUGGUUUUACGGUACAGUGACUGACACCAACACGUCUGUCCCCCCCAUAAAUAUCAACUUGUCAUUUUUACACUUCCUUUUUUGUUCUGAUUAAAUAAAUGAGUUAUAACCUGUAAAUUAGUGAGCUGUAGAAGUACUGGUAGACUGACUUUGUGACCUUUGGACAGAGCAGGCUAGCUUUUUUCCCCAGCUUCCAGUGUUAAGCUAACCACCUUCUGGCUGCAGUUUCAUAUUCAACAGACAGAUAUGACAGUGUCCUCUAACUCUCAGCAAGAAAGCAAAUACGCAUAUUUACCAAAAUGUUUAACUAUUCCUUUUAAGUAGCAUGAUUAUGGCACAAUAGCAAGAAUUCUUCUAAUAUUUAAGAGAUAUUAAUUUUUGAGCCGGUUUCGUAGUUAAAAUACUAGUAUUUUUGGCAAGUAUUAAUAGUGAAAAUAAAUAUCAGUUAUGAAUGUUUUGACUGUGUUUUGGCUAGAAGACAGGAUCAAACAGCAGUUCUUUUCAAUGGAAUGUAUCAGAAGUCCACUUUUAUUUUAUUGAUUUAUUUUUUCAUUCCAUUCUAUUUCUAAGAUUGUAUAUUGAUUCAAAUGUGCACUUUUACUAAAGGUCAAAUGUAUUUAUUUAUUUUAAAACCUUUUUUUUUUAAUUUCUUUUUUGGAGAUGUUUAUGAGCUGACAGGAAAACAACAUUGAUGAUAAGACCACCUGUGUUUUAAAAUGUGUCACCUCCUUAUCUGUGUUUUUAGCAUUUUAACAGAUAUUCCUGUACACGCCUCUCACUUUUGGGCCUUUGUUGUGUACACUGACAUUUUUCACUGUUUUCUAAACACUGAAAUAAAUGUUCAUCAUUUAUUAUG